AGAUGUGUGUCAGGUGCCCUCUCGUGUGUGUCAGGUGUCGUGUGUGUCAGAUGUCGCGUGUGUGUCAGGUGUCGUGUGUGUCAGGUGUCAUGUGUGUCAUGUGUGUGUCAGGUGUCGGGUGUGUCAGGUGUCAUGUGUGUGUCAGGUGUCGUGUGUGUCAGGUCUCAUGUGUGUGUCAGGUGUCGUGUGUGUCAGGUGUCAUGUGUGUGUCAGGUGUCGUGUGUCAGGUGUCGUGUGUGUGUCAGGUGUCAUGUGUGUCAUGUGUGUGUCAGGUGUCGUGUGUGUCAGGUGUCAUGUGUGUGUCAGGUGUUGUGUGUGUGUCAGGUGUCAUGUGUGUGUCAGGUGUCGUGUGUGUGUCAGGUGUCGUGUGUGUCAGGUGCCCUCUCGUGUGUGUCAGGUGUCGUGUGUGUCAGAUGUCGCGUGUGUGUCAGGUGUCGUGUGUGUCAGGUGUCGUGUGUGUCAGGUGUCAUGUGUGUCAUGUGUGUGUCAGGUGUCGGGUGUGUCAGGUGUCAUGUGUGUGUCAGGUGUCGUGUGUGUCAGGUGUCGUGUGUGUCAGGUGUCAUGUGUGUGUCAGGUGUCGUGUGUGUCAGGUGUCGUGAGUGUCAGGUGUCAUGUGUGUGUCAGGUGUCGUGUGUGUCAGGUGUCGUGUGUGUGUCAGGUGUCAUGUGUGUCAUGUGUGUGUCAGGUGUCGUGUGUGUGUCAGGUGUCAUGUGUGUGUCAGGUGUCCUGUGUGUGUCAGGUGUCAUGUGUGUGUCAGGUGUCAUGUGUGUGUCAGGUGUCAUGUGUGUCAGGUGUCAUGUGUGUGUCAGGUGUCGUGUGUGUCAGGUGUCGUGUGUGUGUCAGGUGUCAUGUGUGUCAUGUGUGUGUCAGGUGUCGUGUGUGUGUCAGGUGUCAUGUGUGUGUCAGGUGUCGUGUGUGUGUCAUGUGUCAUGUGUGUCAUGUGUGUGUCAUGUGUCGUAUGUGUCAGGUGUCAUGUGUGUCGUGUGUGUCAGGUGUCAUGUGUGUCAGGUGUCAUGUGUGUCUGUGUGUGUCAGGUGUCAUGUGUGUCAGGUUUCAUGUGUGUCUGUGUGUCUCAGAUGUUGUGUGUGUCAGGUGUCAUGUGUGUCAUGUGUGCCAGGUGUCGUGUGUGUUAUGUGUGUCAGGUGUCAUGUGUGUCUGUGUGUGUCAGGUGUCUUGUGUGUGUCAGAUGUCGUCUGUGUCAGGUGUCAUGUGUGUCAGGUGUCAUGUGUGUCUGUGUGUGUCAGGUGUCUUGUGUGUGUCAGAUGUCGUGUGUGUCAGGUGUCAUGUGUGUCAGGUGUCAUGUGUGUUGUCAGGUGUCAUGUGUGUCAUGUGUGUGUCAGGUGUCAUGUGUGUCAGGUUUCAUGUGUGUCUGUGUGUGUCAGGUGUCGUGUGUGUCUCAGAUGUUGUGUGUGUCAGGUGUCAUGUGUGUCGUGUGUGUCAGGUGUCAUGUGUGUCGUGUGUGUCAGGUGUCAUGUGUGUCAGGUGUCGUGUGUGUGUGUCAGAUGUCGUGUGUGUCAGGUGUCGUGUGUCAGGUGUUGUGUGUGUGUCAGAUGUCGUGUAUCAGGUGUCACGUGUGUCAGGUGUCAUGUGUGUGUCAGGUGUCAUGUGUGUCUGGUGUCGUGUGUGUGUCAGGUGUCAUGUGUGUCAGGUGUUGUGUGUGUCAGGUGUCGUGCGUGUGUCAGGUGUCUCGUGUGUGUCAGGUGUCAUGUGUGUCAGGUGUCAUGUGUGUCAGGUGUCGUGUGUGUCAGGUGUCAUGUGUGUCAGGUGUCGUGUGUGUGUCAGGUGUCGUGUGUGUGUCAGGUGUCGUGUGUGUCAGGUGUCGUGUGUGUCAGGUGUCAAUGUGUGUCGUGUGUGUGUGUGUGUGUCAGGUGUCGUGUGUGUGUCAGGUGUUGUGUGUGUCAGGUGUCGUGUGUGUGUCAGGUGUCAUGUGUGUCAGGUGUCGUGUGUGUCAGGUGUCAUGUGUGUGUCAGGUGUCGUGUGUGUCAGGUGUCAUGUGUGUGUAAGGUGUCAUGUGUGUCGUGUGUGUGUCAGGUGUCGUGUGUGUGUCAGAUGUCGUGUGUGUCAGGUGUCAUGUGUGUCAGGUGUCGUGUGUGUGUCAGGUGUCAUGUGUGUCAGGUGUCAUGUGUGUGUCAGGUGUCAUGUGUGUCAGGUGUUGCGUGUGUCAGGUGUCGUGCGUGUGUCAGGUGUCACGUGUGUCAGGUGUCGUGUGUCUGUCAGGUGUCGUGUGUGUCAGGUGUCGUGUGUGUCAGUUGUCGUGUGUGUGUCAGGUGUCGUGUGUGUCAGGUGUCAUGAGUAUGUCAGGUGUCCUGUGUGUCAGGUGUUGCGUGUGUCAGGUGUCGUGCGUGUGUCAGGUGUCGCGUGUGUCAGGUGUCGUGUGUGUGUCAGGUGUCGUGUGUGUUUCAGGUGUCAUGUGUGUCAGGUGUCGUGUGUGUGUCAGGUGUCGUGUGUGUGUCAGGUGCCGUGUGUGUCAGGUGUCGUGUGUGUGUCAGGUGUCGUGUGUGUCAGGUGUCGUGUGUGUGUCAGGUGUCGUGUGUGUCAGGUGUCAUGAGUAUGUCAGGUGUCCUGUGUGUCAGGUGUUGCGUGUGUCAGGUGUCGUGCGUGUGUCAGGUGUCGCGUGUGUCAGGUGUCGUGUGUGUGUGUCAGGUGUCGUGUGUGUUUCAGGUAUCAUGUGUGUCAGGUGUCGUGUGUGUGUCAGGUGUCGUGUGUGUGUCAGGUGCCGUGUGUGUGUCAGGUGUCGUGUGUGUGUCAGGUGUCGUGUGUGUCAGGUGUCGUGUGUGUGUCAGGUGUCGUGUGUGUCAGGUGUCAUGUGUGUCAGGUGUCGUGUGUGUCAG